AUGAUAGGUGUUAUCGGAUAUCUGCCAGAGAACGUUCUCUGUGAGAAGCUGCAUCGGCGAAUUUCCAUAUACUUUCUCAAGUGAAUAACAAAUAAUAUAACUAUAAUUUUAAUUUAAAGCAGGGUUAAAUAAGUAUUUUAUUAUAUGUUAAAGUUAAAGCUAGAAGCGUUGGAACACCCAGCGCCUAAUAAUGUUGACGUUAAUGACCGGAAAGUGUUUGCAAGCACCAUACUCUGGUUGGAAGAUCAGAAAAUACGUCAAUAUAAGAUAGAAGAUCGCGUGGAUCUUCGUAAAGUCGAUCGUCUUGAUAUAUGGGAACAAGCAUAUGAAAACUAUAAAGAAGAUCUUGGUAUGCCCCAGUUCCAAACGCCCCUUGAAGAAAUUACGUGGUUGCUGGGUUAUGCUAUUCGUUUAGAAUUCUUAGAUUCUCCUGAUAACUACAAGACUAUUAAUUCAAUUGAAGUAAGCAAAGAGCAAAACAAAUCUUUGGCUCCUAGCAUUCAGGCCGAAAAUUUUUUCGAUAAUAUGGACUUUAACCACAAAGAUUUCAUUUCGGGUGUUCGAGCACUGGCCAAUAAAUUGAAAGUGCCACAUCACUCCAAUCAUCUUAUACAAUUGGAAGCGAUUGCGCGUAUUGUACAUGAAAGGCUUUCUCCUUCGGCCAAAAAUCGGCAAGCCAUAACUGGUACACCAUUCCCAUUUGAGAAAGGCAAUGACGUUGUAUCUGAUGAUCCUGCUUUAGAUUAUCCAGUGCGUAUUUUGCGGUUAUUACAAAUACAAAGCUUGCGACAAUUACAAACUAAAAUCAAUGAAACAAUUGUUGCUGUACAAGACUUAACGGCGAAUCCCAAAACAGAUACAAAGCUGGGAAAAGUAGGACGUUAAAUAGAAAAAGUACUUAUAAAAAACGAGUGUGAAUACAUACUUGAUUUCGCACGUACAUACAUAUGUAUUUAUUAAUGUUUGAAUAAUCCAAAUUAUAUUAAAAAAAAGAGUAUAAAUAAA